AAAAACACACACAAAAUUCAACAAAAAUAAAAAAUAAAAUUUAAACCUAAAAAAGAGGGCACACAACGUGCGGGGGCAAAGUGCAAAUGGUAACGGUAAUUUGCAGACAUUAGUUGGCACACACACAGGCACAAACGGACCGGUGAUUAAAUGCCGUGGGAGGAGAGGUGCGAAAAGUGUCACAUUACGCAUACGCAGCGUACGCCCGAGUUAAAUGCUGAAAUUUAAUAGCCCAGCGAGCUGUUCGAGUUUGAAUUGAAAAUGUUUGUCGUAAACUUAUUUGGCCACUUGGUAUGCCAAGCACGUAGUGGAUUUUUGUGAUGUGGAUACGGCUCUUUGAUUGUUUUAUUAGCGAUUCCUUUGAACAGUAGCAUAACCAGAACCGGAUAAAAGUAUUUAGAGAAAUGUAGAGUGAAUAUAAUAAUAUAUGUAACACAAAUAAAAAUUGAAAUGGAAAACUGAAAAUGUUAUAAAUGUUAAAUAAAUAAACCAUACAGUUACAGGAAUUCAUAAGUAAUAUUUUACACAACUAAACAAAGUUUAACGAUUUAAAACAACCCAUAACCAAGAUUACCUUGUUGCUUGGCCCAAUAACUGUUUUUAUAAGCAACUUUUGAGCUCUAACGUAACUUUGAAGACUUAAGUGCAAGAAAAAAAUAUUAGUAACACUAAGCGUUCAUAUAGUUAAAUAUUUACACAAGUUAGCCAUGAGUCAAAUGCAACUGCAAACGCAGCGCGUUCGCCGCGGACGUCACCAUCGCCGUCAUCAGUCCGCAGAGCCCUGCGAGUGUUUACGUCCUGUGAUAAGGGUUUUUGGUCUGCUGACUUCAUUCGUUAUCUGCGGCGUGGGCGUUGAUGUCUACAUGCAUGGCUAUCGGGCCGGUCUUUAUAUAGUUUUUUCAGCCGUGCUGGUAAUGUUCAUUGAGAUCAAGUGGCUUGUAACUAUUUUUCUACAGCUUCAGUGCUCAGAGGAUAAUUACCAGCGGAGGUCCUGCAGCUGUUUGGCCUGCUGGCGUCUUUCAGCGAUUUGUGGCGGUUGGCGACCCACUCCCGUUUAUGCGGUCAUCGGCAUCUGCCUGAUACUGUAUCCCCACAAUUUGUGGCUUAGUUAUGUGGCCGGGAUGUUCCUGAUACUUCUUGGGGUCCUCAGGCUCUGCACGCUGCUCAGAUUCAGCCCCUCAAAGGAAGAGGGUCUCCUGCCUCAGUGCGACUUUGAAAAGGUCUCCAGCUUCGUGGAUAAUAUGGAGGAUGAUUUCACGGAGGUUAGUGCUUCCCAAGCGGCCUUGGAUGACGAAGCGGAGGAGGAGGGCGACGACCACCAUGUCAUAGAUGAUGAUGUUUGCUAAUAGUUAAGAUAGCUUAUUUGCCUAAUGUAAUGUGAGAUUUUAAAUUACUUAACAAAUAUCUACUAACAAAGAGGUUUCGAUUUAAAAUGACUUUGGUCUUGUUUUUCAGUAGUGGUGAUUUGUGUGGAUAGUUCUUGAUUAGUUUUGGGAAAAAGUGGUACCGUUAAAUUGGAAGGUUGAUAUCGCAUUGUCUUGUAGGUUUUACC